AUGGAGGCAAUUCAAACCCAUCCCACCAGCGCUGCGCAGGCCAAGGCUUUCACCGCACCUGGAUCUCUCUCCUUCCCUGGUGGCGCCCACGAGCUUCCUCCUGCCCCUGUUGUCAACGGCGAUAAGGCGCCAGUCAAUGGACAGGCGCCCGUCGCAAACGGCCAGCAGGGCGCAAACGGUACCGGGGUGACUCCCGCGACACCCGCUGCGACGCCCGCCGCCACACAAGGUGGCAGCGGCUUGACUCCUACGUUGCAGAAUAUCGUUGCCACGGUCAACCUCGAUUGCCGCUUGGACCUCAAGACGAUUGCCCUGCACGCGAGAAACGCAGAGUACAACCCCAAGCGUUUCGCUGCUGUCAUCAUGCGUAUUCGCGAGCCCAAGACCACGGCUCUGAUCUUCGCCUCUGGCAAGAUGGUUGUCACUGGUGCUAAGUCCGAGGAUGACUCGAAGCUUGCCUCGCGAAAGUACGCCCGUAUCAUUCAGAAAUUGGGAUUCAACGCCAAGUUCACGGACUUCAAGAUCCAGAACAUUGUCGGCUCCUGCGACAUCAAAUUCCCCAUCCGCUUGGAGGGGCUGGCCUCGCGCCAUCACAACUUCAGCUCCUAUGAGCCCGAGCUGUUCCCUGGUCUUAUCUACCGCAUGAUCAAGCCGAAGAUUGUGCUUCUCAUCUUCGUCAGUGGCAAGAUCGUCCUCACCGGUGCCAAGGUUCGCGAGGAGAUUUACCAAGCCUUCGAGAUGAUCUACCCUGUGCUUCAGGAUUUCCGCAAAGUAUAA